UACGGUACGUAAACGUCUCUAUGUCACGUGAUCACGGUGACAGCACCCACAACAGGAAGAGAACUAAAAUGGCGGUGUGCAUAGCAGUAAUAGCCAAAGAGAACUACCCGCUCUUUAUCCGCAGCCUUCCCACGCAGAAUGAGCUGAAAUUCCACUACACGGUGCACACCUCCCUGGAUGUGGUGGAGGCGAAGAUCUCUGCUGUGGGGAAGGCACUUGGGGACCAGAAAGAACUCUACUUGGGUCUUCUCUACCCCACUGAAGAUUACAAAGUAUAUGGAUAUGUCACAAACUCCAGGGUCAAAUUUGUCAUUGUGGUGGACUCUUCCAACACGUCGUUACGGGACAAUGAAAUAAGAAGUAUGUUCCGAAAACUGCACAACUCCUUCACCGAUGUAAUGUGCAACCCAUUCCACACACCUGGCAACCCUAUUCAGUCCAAGGCGUUUGAUGAAAUGGUCUCGGGCAUGAUGGCUCAAGGAGGAUGAAGUCUUCCAUGUAUGUGACCUGUUUCAACGCACGUGUAAAUAAAUGAAGUGUCAGAUCAA